AUAAAUGGAGAGAACUUGGAAUAACCCGCAUUAUGGACAUAUGCCAACAAGGAGCUAUACUACCCUUCCCGGAAAUUCAAAAAACGCAUAACCUACCAGCAUCCUAUAUCUUCCCAUAUCUCCAACUUAAAAGCUUACUCGCUAGUAAAGUAGCACCCCCAACAUC